CUCUUUACUUCCAUCAUCUUCUAUUCUUCUUCAUCUCUUUCCCUCUUUCUCUGCAAACUUUAGCAUUCUAAUCAAAACUCCAUUCCAAUUGGGUUCACAUUUUAGAGUCAGAAUAAUUCAAACAAGCCAUGAACCUCCAAAGAAGCAAUAGCAUUAGUACUAGCUCCACCACAACUAGAAAAAUCGUCCCUUCAAACCAGUUCAUCAGAUCCUCUUCAACAGCUCUGACACCACCUCAACAUCAUCACCACCGCCGUCGCCAAAACGACGACGUCUCCAACAAGCUACUGAUUCCCAAACACAGCUCUUCAUCGUCCCCGGUCUCUUUCGACCACCUCUCCAAAACCCAGACAAAGAUCUCCUCACUCCUCCGCUCUUUUCUCAACCUCAUCUCCUUCCCAGCCGCCAUUAUCAACCUCCCCGCCAGCUGCAAGUGGCUCGCCAUCUCUUCCCACCUCUCGGUCACGCCCUCUCUCGGCCGGAAAGUCACCGGAACCCUAUUUGGUAACCGCCGCGGCCACGUCAGCUUCGCCGUCCAGCUCGACCCCAGGUCCGAGCCCGUCUUGCUUCUCGAGCUGGCCAUGUCCACGUCUUCCCUCGUUAAGGAGAUGUCUUCCGGACUCGUCCGCAUUGCUCUCGAGUCCGAAAGGUAUCAGGGUUCAGGCCGUGGUGGCGGCCGGAAGCCUUUGUUUCACGAGCCUACCUGGACCAUGUACUGCAAUGGGAGGAAGUUGGGGUACGCGGCGUCUCGCAUAUGCGGAGAGUCCGACUGGCACGUGCUGAAUACUGUCGGGAGCGUUUCAGUUGGAGCCGGGGUGAUUCCGGUGGUGGACGACGGGAAAGUGGGUAGCGGCGGGUCGUCGGAGGGUUUAGGCGAGUUGCUUUACAUGAGGGCUCGGUUUGAACGAGUUGUGGGGAGCCGUGACUCGGAGGCCUUUUACAUGUUGAAUCCUGAUGGGAGUAAUGGAGGUCCAGAACUCAGCAUCUUCUUGCUUAGAAUAUGAAUUGUGUAAAAGACAACAACAAAGGAAGAAGAACAGAAAUUAAAGAAAUGGCGGAUGCAGAUGUGACUUUAUGUAAUUUACAAAUUUUAAAAUCCGAGACCAUGUGAUUUUAUAUCUUAUUUUGUUCUUAUUGGUAUAUAUGGUUGAUACUAGAGAGUACAUCUUUCACAU